GGGGCUUUUAGAUAUAGGGACUUGUUUCUUGACAAAGCCUCAAAGAUGCAUAUCUGUCCCAUCUCCUGGCCGUUUCUGCGGCACGACAGACAGCAGCACAAAGCGGAGCCUCGUCAGCAUUACCGAAGACGACCAAAACCCCCAGCUACAGAAAUUGUCAGCACUCAGCAGACAGCUCCGAUUCAUGCGACACGUGGAAUAUGGGAGACUGACCAAAUACCAGCUGUGCGGGUCAAAGCGGGCGACAUGUUUGAAGUACUGAGAAGCACGUUCGGCAAGGGCACAUUCGAGGUGGAACUGAACGAAGACGUCUACACCAUCACAGCACCGCGUCGGCUCACAGAGUGGGAGAAGAGGAAAUUUUGGGGGUGACCACACACAAUUGAGGAGACAAAAUCGCCCUGGGCGGAUUCGGAGACGGCCUCUUGGGGGUUGAGGAGAUUUCUUGCGUCGCGUGUAACACACCUUAGCUCGAUAGCCAAUCUCGCGCACAUCCGCCCCCCCUCCAGAACCGGGGUAGGCGUCUCUGCUGGAUAGGCUCCCCACCCAGAUUGCGCCCCGAAGUGAGAAAAG